GCCUGUGGCAAAGGUUUGGAGAAGCCGUGGCUCAGGAGACAUUGGAUUUAACCUGUAGAAAAGCCCCGUGCUUUGUGAAAUUCUCAGAGAUGGAAAAAAUGGCAAACAUUCGAGCUGAAAUCAAUGAGAAGAAACUGAAAACUGAAAUUCUGCAGUUGGAAAAGGAGACAGCAGACAUUGCUCACCCUUUUUACUUAGGCAAAAAAUGCGAGAUUUUGCAAGAUAUGAACAGACACUUGGAAGCUGUACUGAAAGAGAAGAGGGCUCUUAGGAAGAGGUUGAUAAAGCCCAGAUGUCAAGAGAGCCUGCCUAUUGAGGCUACUUUCCACAAGUAUGUAGUAGACUUGUUGACUGAGGCUGUGACUUUCAUUGAGAAGCUUGAAAGCCAUUUACAGACCGUAAGAAGUAUCCCUCAGAUACCGAACAUCAUGAAGAAUAUGGACACUGCUUUGACAAAAACAGAGGUGCUCGUGAUGGAGUUGGAGGAGCUGGCAGAGCAAAUAUUGAAAUGGAGAGAGCUGCAAAUAGAAGUGUAUUCUGACAGCAUCUGCAAUACUGCUGAAUUGGACUUUGGCUUAUCUUUAACCUAACGAAUCAUUUUCCUCAAAUAGGAUGGCUGUUCAAAGAACUACCUUUUUACAGUCUCAGGUGAAAACUACAACAUAGUUGUGCUUUAAUCCAACGGGGACUUUGUAGGUAGUUAUAUUUCUGUUCUUAUGUAACAGUUCUCCAACUAUUAAAAAACAAAACAUAAAACAACGAGGACAAUGAGCAGUAGCUCAUAGGAAGACAGACUACUGAGAAGACCGUUGAGGAGUUCCUUUUCGAAAUAGUUGGACAGGAUUCCCUUGGAGCCUGUAUCAUCAAUGCAAAUUUGUUUUGAUAUUGCUUAUGCACUUGCUAUAGUGUCUCUAUUCAUUUUUGUAAGCAUCUUGAUAAAACACUGUAUUUUGUAUGUCACUGUAAAACUUCAAUAAAAGCACUAGAUUUCAA